GUUUUUUGUCCACCAAUUGCCAGCGCGAUGAGCGGGCCGAGCCAAGAUGCCGACGUCAUGCCCUCCUUCUUCCUCGACCCGAGCGGCCACUUGGUGCAUGACAAGGCGUCCGAGGAAGACACGAGCAGCCCCGUCAAGUCGACCCACGCGUACAUGCCACUCCAAAACUACCAGACGCCAUGGGAGGGCAAUGGCCUCGACCACCAGUACCAGUCGCUUCGCCGGCGAAAUGGCGCUGCGCCUACAGAGCCGACGUCCACGUCGAUUCCUACGGCGUCGCUCUUUGGCUCGCUCUCGGCGCGGCUCGACCAGGCGAGGCCAGUGGACCAGCCGGCGCCGGCGACCACACAGAGCGCCUUUUCGUUUCCGAGCCUUCGGGCGCAAGAGUGGGGCGUCGACGAGCAGUACUGGAUCACAGUGUUUGGCUUCUCGGCCGUCGACAUGGAGGCCAUCUUGAAGCACUUUCAGUCCAUUGGCGAUGCGGUGCAGUAUCGCUACGGGCGCGGCAACUGGCUGUAUGUGCGGUACCGGACCCGUCUCCAAGCCGAGAAGGCGCUCGGCGAGUCGGGCGCGACGCUUGGCGGCACCGUCAUGAUUGGUGUCAAGCGCUGCUUGGUGUCUGAGAUGGACGCCGACACGCCGGCGCACCAAGGUAGCACGUCGUCGACGACGCCGGCGCCGCUGCUGUCGCGGGAACUGCAAGUCGCGCCGUGCGACGACGACUUUAUGGAGCCACCGCGCCGCCAGACCAACUUUUGCUCGCGGCUGCUUCGCUUCCUCUUUAACGUGUAAAUCCUCCUACUGCAUUCCGCACGACAA